UGAUUUUGCAUUUCCGGGGGAGAGAACAAGUAAACAAAACAGUUCUCCCCCCUGUCAACUCCUGCACACUGCUUUGCAUGGCUGUGCACAGCACAGCCAUGCAAAGCAGUGCUCUUGCAGUGAAGCACAAACACAGAACAUCAUGUAAAACAGCACACAGUUGACCCUUUGAUCAUGCCACAUGUUAACCCCUUCUGCGCAGUGCCAUUAGUACAGUGUCAGUGCUUUUUAUUAGCACUGAUCACUGUAUUGGUGUCACUAGGGAUGUCAGUGACACCAAGUCAGUUCCCCCCAGUGUCAGAAUGCCCACCGCAGUCCCUCUAUAAGUCGCUGAUCACCGCCAUUACUAGUAAAAAAAUA